AUGAAUACCACAGAAAGAGAACUCCAACCGGGCUUCAGAAGGAGCCGCAUGAGUGCCAUCAAAGGUCCUCGAACUAGAAGUGUUGUCACAUUCAACCCAACAACUAUUAGCCCCGGUGAAGAGUUGUACAUCAAUAUUCCAAAACUCAAACCUUCUUCCUGCCUAGUUCCCGGUUCACUUGCCCGCCUCUUUGACUUCAAGAAUUCCAACACAAAGAGCCGAUUCAACAAUAACCUUACCAAACUGUUAGCAAAACGUCUUCAAGUGAAAGUAGCCGGUGAGACUGCCUAUGACUGUUAA